UAAAUUUUAAAUUUAAGAAACAAAACCAAUGCUCUAGUUUUCAAAAAUUCCACCAUGCACUAGUUAUCAAAAACUUUGUUCAGUAAAGAAAAUAAAAUGGCUGCAGCUGCAGUUACAACAAAAUCAGAAUUUGUUGUUGGUGGUCGAUAUAAAUUGAUCAGAAAAAUUGGAAGUGGGUCUUUUGGAGACAUUUAUCUUGCUUUAAAUCUUACAAAUGGAGAGGAAGUUGCUGUUAAGUUAGAAAAUAUUAGAGCUCGUCAUCCCCAGCUACUCUAUGAAUCAAAAGUUUAUCGACUUUUGCAAGGAGGUGUUGGAAUACCUCAUGUUAGAUGGUUUGGUCAAGAAAAAGAUUACAAUGUCUUAGUACUUGAUCUCUUGGGUCCAAGUCUUGAAGAUUUAUUUAACUUUUGUUCAAGGCGUUUCACAAUGAAAACUGUUUUGAUGUUAGCAGACCAGAUGAUAGGCAGAAUUGAAUAUGUACAAAACAAGAAUUUUAUUCAUCGAGAUAUUAAGCCUGACAAUUUUCUAAUGGGCAUCGGUAGACACUGUAACAAGGUUUAUCUUAUUGAUUUUGGGCUUGCAAAAAAAUAUAGAGACAGUCAUACUAAGACACAUAUUCCUUACAGAGAAGAUAAGAACUUAACAGGAACUGCAAGAUAUGCAAGUAUAAAUGCUCAUUUGGGUAUAGAGCAAUCGCGACGUGAUGAUAUGGAAUCACUAGGUUAUGUUCUUAUGUAUUUUAAUCGGUCAAGUUUACCAUGGCAAGGCCUGCGAGUAGCUGCAACAAAAAAACAGAAGUAUGAAAAGAUCAGUGAAAAAAAAAUGUCCACCCCUAUAGAAGUUUUGUGCCGGGGUUUUCCUGCCGAGUUUGCAAUGUAUUUAAACUAUUGUCGUGGUCUUCGAUUUGAAGAGAUGCCAGAUUAUAUGUAUCUUCGACAGUUAUUUCGUAUUUUGUUCCGCACUCUAAAUCACCAAUAUGAUUAUGUUUUUGAUUGGAGCAUGUUGAAGCAAAAGGCUGCGCAGCAUCUAACCACGGUUAGUGGUAGUAAUAUGUACGUAGGUGCCCCGGGGGGAACUGCCACGUCUGUCACACCACAAACUGAUGAUAAGCUGAAGCGGAAAGGAUCAAAGGGUGGUCAUUGACUAAUUUUUAGUCAAGGGAUCAGGAACAUAGCGAAGAAAGUUAAUUCUGAACAGUUUUAAUACAAAUCAUUAUGUUGUCAGUAUUGGUAUUUCUUCGUAAAAAAAACCAAUUGUAUAUAAGUGAGUGGUUAUUUUUAUUAAAACAUCCACCAAAUGCAUUCACCUAAUGGCUUCACUUAUCGAAGUUCAGUUUUAUUGCUUGAAACAAAAGCUGUGAUCAUUUUUACGUCUAGCCAACGAUAACUGUUACUGAUGAAGUUGUUACAAGAAGUAUCAAAAAUCUUUAUAAAAUUAGAGCAACACGAA